CCUAUCUGAAAGCCUGUGCGUAAUGGUAGAGAAGAGAAUGAACUCUCUUGUGAAAUGGGUGCUGAUCCUACUGGUCCUUUUCUCAAUCAUCCUCAACAUAGUUCUAAUUGCGAUCCACUCCAGCAGGGCGCCCAAAUGUUCCGCUCGUCCUACCCACCCACUGCGGGUCAAACACGAUGAGCGUAGCGUCGUGUUCGCAGAUCUCACCCAGGAGGAAUACUUGCAGGUCCAGCAGUUCAUGCUCAAACAAAAAGACUUGGACAUAUCCACAAACCAGAUCACGAAGCCAUGGGAAAACUUCUUAUUUUUUAUAGACCUGUCCUUGCCAAAGAAAGUGGACGCACUGGCUUUCUUGGAUGGGAAAGGUGUCAAGCCUGUCAGGGAGGCAACGGUGGUGGUCUGUCACGGUGCGCACGGCUACAUAAAGGAGUACGUAGUGGGGCCUCUUCCAAACCCAACAUACUACAAGGAUGUCACCAAGGAGAGGUACAAGACAGACCUGCCUAUCACUGCACGCACCACCACCGUUGGAGAAUACGCAUUACUUUUCCCUUUUUUGGAGGAACAUGUCUUCUCCAAACUUGACAAGCUCAUGAAAGAGAGUUUCGACGUGGAUGCGGACAAGCAGCUGAAUGCGUAUGAGCAGAUGCCUCGUGGAGUCCGAGCCGGGGACAGGAAGACCUGGAUGGCUUUUUUCAGAGACAUGAGCGGCGUUUACGUCUACCCGGUGGGCUUCGAGGUUCUGGUCAACCAUGAGAGCGUCAACGUGUCCCAGUGGAAAGUGGAGCGGCUGUAUUACAAUGGUCAGUACUUUGACACUGUAGAGGAACUCAAACAGAAGUAUGAAGCUGGAUCUGUAAAGAAAAUAAAGUACAAGGAGACAGCUGAUCACGCAUCACUGAAACCAAAGCACAAAACUCAGCAGAUCGGUCCGCAGCUGUUUAACGUGGAAGGCAAACGCUACAGCAUCAGCAACAAUCACGUGGUUUACUUGGACUGGAGCUUUGCCUUUGGACUGAGCUCUCAAACGGGCGCGAGGGUUUUUGACGUGCGUUUCAAAGGUGAGAGGAUCAUCUAUGAGCUGAGUGUGCAAGAGGCCAUGUCAGUGUACGGCUCAGUGACUCCGGCAAUGAUGAUGACCAAGUUUUUAGACUCCAGCAUCGGGAUAGGACGCUUUGCGCAUGAACUAGCCCGUGGUGUGGACUGCCCCUACGAUGCCACCUACAUCGACACGUACCGCUACUUUGAUGUCCCAACCCCGGUCAGAUUUCGAAAUUCAAUUUGCGUCUUUGAGCACAACUUGGGUCAGCCUCUGCGGAGGCAUUUCGCAGACUUUUUCCACAACAGCUAUGGGGGGAUGGUGAACAGUGCUUUGGUGAUGAGGACUGUCACAGCAAUAGAAAACUAUGACUAUAUGUGGGAUUUCAUCUUCUACCAGAGUGGAUCAGUGGAGGCUAAGGUGCAUGCCACUGGCUUCAUUUCUUCUUCUUAUCUUGUGGAGGGGAAUCUGAAAUAUGGACACCAGGUGGCCGAGAACGUGCUUGGGAACAUUCACACACACUUUAUGAACUUCAAGGUUGACCUGGAUGUGCUGGGUUUGAAGAAUGUUUUCCAGACUAAAGACAUGAAGUUUGUUAACACAUCUCUACCCUGGAUGACCGAUCGCUAUGCAAUGGUCCCUCAGCUUGUGGAACAACAACUGAAGACUGAAAAGGAAGCCGCUCUGCGUUAUGACACCAAGACUCCACGCUACCUCCACAUUGCCAGCAACAAGACAAACCGCUGGGGCCACCAGCGCUCCUACAGGCUUCAGGUGUUCAGCUUCGCUGGAGACCACCUCCCAGAGAGCCAGUCAGAGGAGAGAUCUAUGUCCUGGGCCAGGUAUAAGGUUGCCAUCACCAAACAUAAGGACUCUGAGCAGACCAGCUCUAGUCUGUUCAACCUAAACAACAUCUGGGACCCAGCUGUUGAUUUCAGCAAAUACAUCGAGGACAAUGAAAGCAUAGAAAAUGAGGACCUGGUUGCCUGGGUGACCGCUGGUUUCCUCCACAUCCCACAUGCAGAGGACAUCCCCAACACUGUGACUGUGGGUAAUGGAGGCGGGGUCCUACUGCGGCCACACAACUACUUUGAUGAGGACCCUUCUAUUCACUCUGCUGAUUCAGUGUACAUCAGUCCCAAGGCUGUAGACAGCUGUGAAAACAACAGGAUGGCCUGCCUUGCUCAAGAGACCUGCAGCCCUGUCUUUGAGCCCUUUACAUAUCAUGGCUUUGAAGGAGUCAUGAGGUUUGAGGAUUGGGCUUAACUAUUGAUGUCUGUGUCGGUUCUUGUCAUCAAGAUCAUGGUUAGCUAACACUGAUCAAGUGUUCGAACUGUAAAAUGUUCAUUUUCCCAAAACCGCUGUCCAGAUGAAUGUGAAAUACAUCCUUGCAAUGAUUAUAUGAAACAGUCUACAGUGUUUGUUAUCAUGUAGUUAGGGUGCCCGUGCCAGUCAAGCCAACUAUAGAUAAAAUGAAGAGAAGCUUUAGUUUUUGUUGUUGUUGUUGUUUUCGAUAGUUUUGUGGUUUUUUAUGUUGGCAAACACAGCCUGCACUAUAAAUGAUUAUUAAAAUAUGUUAUAAACGUGAGAGCUUAUUAACCAACCCCUUAAAGCCUGUUGUUUCAUGUUUGAAACAUACUUUUAUGAUACCUCUAAUCAAUAUGAUCAAUAAAUUACUAAAAAAGAUUCUGAAAACAAUCUGAUAAAUGAUAAAAAUGCCCUCAUGGGGAUUAUCAGUUACCAAAAACACUUCAUGUAUCAAAUGAGAUACAAAAAUAUAUGUGUUAAAUUUCAUGGAAACUUGGAUUUAAUGGGAUUUCAAGAAAGUGAAAUAAACAUUGAAGUUCCAAAAAAAUGAGACUUUUCUGGCUAGAAUUUAUGUAUUCAGGCUUUAAAGGGUUAAAUGACAAUAUUUAAAUAUAUAUAUAGAAAAUUACUGUCUCUAUGGCCUGCGGUUAUUUCAUGCUAUUUGAUGUGACUGUGGAUUUCUAUGUAAAAUGUUAUGUUUUCAUACUGAACAGUCAUCUGUCAUUUCUUUUCUUUUCUUUAAUAUUUAAAUAGUUUAAGGCUAAUUCAUUCAUAAAAUCACCAAAGAAUACAGAUGACCACAAAGCAGUGACAUUUAAAAUCAAAAUAUUAUAAAUAAUACAAGCCGGUUGAUUCCCAGUGAGUUAUGUUAGAAAUUAACUAUUUGGUGGUCGACUUAGUAUCUUUAAAAUAUGUUUUUAAAUUAUUUUUUUAAACUACAUUUUAUAAAAUGGCCCUCUUUCCUGCAAUACAAUAUGGUUUCACAUUAGUUCUCACCACUUGUUUUCAAACACAACUUUACUCUGAGAUUGUGUUACAGUCCCUGUAAAGAAGAAAACAUCAAAUAUUGUUUUUAAAUUAAUGAUUUUCUGUUUUUCUUUCAAAGGUCUUUUUAAAGUUAUUAUUACUAUUAUUGCUAUCGUUAUUAUUAUUAAUAUUAACAUUAUUAUUAUUUUGUUGUUAUCUCUGCCAUUAUUGUUGAUUGUGUUACUAUCAUUGUUGUUAUCAUUUUUAUAUUUAUUUUAUUUUAUUUUCAAUCACAGCAUAUUCACAUUUAUAAUCCUAUCAUGCUACACAUAUGCACUACACAUUAUAAUCUAACACAAACAGUUUUGGAUUAUUAAUUUCUCUAUUUUCUCUCCUUUCCCUCAUUUAACUUCCCUUACUAUAUAAUAAUACAGAUUUAACUGACUUUUUUGAGCAGAAAAAACAACAUAUAUUAUUAUUAUUAUUAUUAUUUUUAUUUUUUUUAAUUUUUUUUAUUGUUACUACUACUUUCCCUCUUACCCUAAUGACAGUGUCAGCCCAGAAGGAUUCUAUCCCCCCUUAUUCCCUGGUACCAAGGUCCUCUUUUGAGCACCAUUGUUUUAAAUAAACUUCUCCAUGAAAGACCAUCUAAAACUAAACUUGGCAGAUGUUUCCCACCAAUGACAAACGGGCUCCCUCCUCAGGGUCUGGGUGCAGUUUGCAGAGAGACUAAACUCUGUCCAAAUUAAAAAAAAAAACUGGUCAAAAUAUAAAUCAAAUCAAUAAACAAAUUAACUUCAAAGAUGGGCCACACCAGUUAAAGACAGACAGGCUCCCUCACAGGGUUUUGGGGCGGUUUGUCUGGGGAGCAGGCUCGACUCUCAUCUUUACAAUCCUAGAGCUCAUAUGCAACACUCUGGACAAAUAAUCAGAGAACAAAAUCAAAAAGAAAGAAGGAAAAACAUUUUGAUCCUUUUUAAACAACUUAACUGUCUUAGCUUGAUCCAUUAUGGUGGUGCUCAGACUGUGCUUAGAUCUAGGCCAGCUGCUUUGGGGAAGGGGGUGGGCUGCACUCCACCUGGGGACUUACAAUCUCCAUUAACUGGCUGCAACUUUUCUUUUCCUGAUCUUUCUUUAUUUCUUCAUCCUCUUACCUGACCUGUUACAUGUCUUGGUCUUUGUAUUGUUUGUCUUGCAAUUAAAAAAAAAAAAAAAGAAAGAAAGUUUGCAAUGACAAAAUGCACAAUACCAUAUACAAGAAGAAAUUUUCUUUACCUUUUCACCCCUGAAACAGCAACAGUCGUCUAAGCCACAAAACAGCCCAACAUACAACAAGACAGGCAUAUGAAACAAACUAUUAGCAGAAAGAAGCUGUUCCAACUUACAGAGGGCUAAGUUCUCAAACUAAUUAUUUUAAACUCUGCACAAUGCACAUCAUUUGAAAAGUUUCAAAGUUAACCAGGAUAUGGAACUUUCAUUAUACAGUUUGAUGAAGAGUGGGUUUGUUGAUUCUCUGUGAGUGGUUUUAUUUAUUAUUCUCAAAUUAUUCUUUUCCUAAUGAUGAAAAUGACUUCUGUAUUUGUCUUGUUUGUCCUGGCCACAAAAAAACAAACAAACACAUUUUUAGGGAUUUUUACACCUAAUGGUCCUAAAUAUGUUCAUAUGGAAAAAAGGCAAAGCUAGAAAAUACCAGAAAUACCACAUAAAAAAAUAGCUUUAUAAGAGGUUGUCUGAUUUUUUGAUACUUAAUACAAGCUUUAAAAUGAUAUUAUCGUAACAACUGUUAUCUUAAUCAGUGUUAGGAUCAAAAAUACCUGUGCAAACACAUGAAAGUAUCUUAAGUUGCUGUAUAAUUGAAGUAAUCAUGUAUGGUUGUGCAAUCUCAAGGCACUCCUAGACUUUCACUAGUGUGCCUCGCCACACCAUUUGAGAAACACUGCUUUAGAGGAUCUGCCCCUUUGAUAUCAACUUUAACUCACUUUUGCUCUCUGAUCUGGCCUAAAGUGCUUCAACAUUAUUUGAGACAAGUGUUUUCAGUUUUGACCGGCUGUGUUGAAGCAGUAACAGCAGUGCUGAAAUUAUUUUUAGCUUCUACUACCAGUGGUUCCCAUUUAUCUCAAGUGCAAUGCAAUGCAAAAUGUGUUUUGUGAAAAACUGCUGUAGUGGUAUGUUUUAUUUCCAGAUCCUUUCUUUUACAUGCGCAGUAAGUAUUCUUUAACAGAAAAAUAGUAAUAAUAAAAUUAAACAAAUAACACUAUCCUUAUAGUGUUAAAUUGAAUUCUCACUGUGAAUCUUUUUUGAAAGGAACGAAAAUAAAAGUAUUUCUGGUAUGAUUGGCAAACGGUGAAUCAGACCCUGCCAUGGAGAAUGUUAUUAAAGGCGAUAAAAACAACAAUAACUUACCACAAGUAGAGACUUGGUGAUUUGAUUCUGGCCAUCUUGGUUGUAUUUUAGGACAUAAAGAAGCAUCAGAAUUAACUUCAGCUCAUAGUUGGUUACAGUUUUUCAGUUGCUCUUUUUGGCAAAACUCCAAACACAAUCUCACGUUUUAAAACACAUUUUGUAUUGUGACUCACAGGACAUGCAGAAUGCUAACCCCUGGUGGCAGAAGUUAGACACAGUUUAAGCACACUUCACCAUUCAAACACAGCCAGUCAAAACCGGAAACACUUUCUCUGAUAAUGCGGAACCAAUUUAGGCCAGUUCAGGGAGCAAAAGUGAGUUGAGAGACAACUGAAAGUCUGAGGAGGAGAAGUGUUAGAUGUGGUAGACUACAAGAAUGGGACAAAAGGGAAGACAGGGUGGAAGACCAACAUCAAGAACAGAUAUUUCUAGGUAUACACAAUAUUAUCGCUAUGAUAUUGGUAUCAGCAUAUAAAGCUUAUAUAAAAAUGUCUGCUGGUUUUUACAGCAGAUUUUAAACUAUAAAAUUCAUCAUCUGUAUACAUUGAUCAUACAAAUAAAUGAGUUAAUGAAGUUUUAGGCUGAAACAACAGACCUAAAUCAGAUGAUGUCUUUUUCUUUGUUUAUUAUCAUUCUUUACACUUUAGGGUCUAUUUUUAGGACUGAAAUGUGUUAAUUUACUAAUACUCAGACUUUGUGUUUUAAGAUGAUGAAGUUUUAGGUCUGAGAGAUGUUUUGAUAUUGGUAUCAGCUUAAAUUAUUUUGUAAAAAUGGGCAUAAUGGAUACUGGUAAUAAUCCAAUAUAUUGCAUCCCUAGAAAUUUCAGAUAAAAUACAAGGAACAGUGAUUGACAAUGUUCUGGUUAAGAACUUCAUGAAAAAUCUGUCACUGCUGUGCAUUCUGUACAAUAUGAGUUAGAGUUGUAAAUAUUUCUUUUGGGGGUGAAGAAUUAAACUGAUGAAGGUCUGAGUAACGUUAAGUUUUGAAGUAAUGCAGCAAAUUUUGAUUUGUGCCAGAGACUGUUUUAUUUUGAUUGUUGAUUUCUCUCAUAUUUACCUCUCCAGGUGUGCUAAAGGUUUUUCUCCUUUAAAUAUCUAGUUAGAAAAUUUGUUUGUUUUUUUCAAUGUAAUGGUUUUAUCUAUUGUAAUGAACUUAAUAUAUUUGCUGUCUCACUACUGUCCCAUAUAUGAACUUUUUCCUGGAGGGAUCAUUAA